CCAUGCAGAUAAUUAAAUGACUCAAGAAUGAAAACUGUAAAUAUUAAUAUAUCAGUUCAGUUGUCAUCUUAGAAAAUCAAGUUUUGGGCAGAUACUGUUGUGCGGAGUGGUUAAGAUAGUGUUUGAAAAACAGAGAUUGGAGAGCAUAUAAAAAUGUAUAAUAUAGAGAUCGUGUAUAUGGCUGAAGGUUCUGCCUUGAGAAGGAAAGGGAGUUGGCUUUUUGCAGAGCUGUGCCUGGGCUCACACGGAGCCUUGUGCUGCUCUGGGCCCAUUUCUCUGAGGUUGCUGGGUUGCAGGAGUGAGGUACUGACAAGCCAUGAAACUCAGAUGGGACAAUGUGGACAUGCAAAAUAUGCACUGAGCUGCCUUCUCAUCUCUUGUUCCUCCUGAUGUUCAAAGUUCUUGCCUUGGGUUUGUUUGUCUUAGAUUGCAAACAGGACGGGUAACAUCUUAAAUAUGUUUAAGUAAUCCUUGAAGGACACGACGUGUUCUGGGAGACAACCACUUUAUUUUUAUUCUUCUUUGGAAUUGUGGAUAGUUCAUACUGACAAAAGAGCAGAGCCCCAUCCUUUUUGGGAACAGAUUAAACUCUUGUCACUCGGAGUUCCACAAGUGCCUGGGUCAUGACUGAAGUGAUCGACUAACAAGAAAAAUCAUGACAGUUACCUCUAAGUGCCUGAAGCAGGAAGGCCAUUAAUUUGUCUUUACUCAUUUUAACAGGUGUAUUGGGGACAUCAUGAAUUGGAAUAAAGGUGGACCUGGCACAAAGAGAGGCUUUGGGUUUGGUGGAUUUGCCAUAACACCUGGCAAGAAAGAGGAGCCCAAGCUGUCUCAGCAGUCGCACAGCGCGUUCGGCACCGCCGGCUCCUCGGCGGCGUUCGCGAAAUCGGGGCCCCCUCAGCUGCCUUCCUUCUACAAAAUUGGGUCAAAGAGAGCCAACUUUGAUGAGGAGAAUGCGUACUUUGAGGAUGAAGAGGAAGAUUCCAGCAAUGUGGAAUUGCCCUACAUUCCUGCAGAGAAUUCCCCCACUCGGCAGCAGUUCCACUCCAAGUCAGCAGACUCUGACAGUGAUGAUGAUCCUCUGGAGGCAUUCAUGGCUGAAGUGGAGGAUCAGGCUGCUCGAGACAUGAAGAGACUCGAAGAUAAAGACAAAGAGAAAAAGAACGUUAAGGGUAUUCGAGAUGACAUUGAAGAGGAAGAUGACCAAGAAGCGUAUUUCCGCUACAUGGCUGAGAACCCCACUGCUGGUGUGGUGCAGGAGGAGGAGGAGGAUAACCUGGAGUAUGACAGUGAUGGCAAUCCCAUUGCACCAUCCAAAAAAAUCAUUGAUCCUCUUCCACCUAUUGACCAUUCAGAGAUUGAAUACCCACCAUUUGAGAAAAAUUUCUAUGAUGAGCACGAGGAGAUCACCAGCCUGACCCCGCAGCAGGUGGUGGAGUUACGGCAUAAGCUGAACCUCCGGGUCUCCGGGGCUGCUCCUCCAAGGCCUGGCAGUAGUUUUGCUCAUUUUGGGUUUGAUGAGCAACUUAUGCAUCAGAUUAGGAAAUCUGAGUAUACCCAACCCACUCCAAUACAAUGUCAGGGUGUCCCAGUGGCACUAAGUGGCAGAGACAUGAUUGGGAUAGCCAAGACUGGAAGUGGGAAAACAGCUGCCUUCAUCUGGCCAAUGCUGAUCCACAUCAUGGAUCAGAAGGAGCUUGAGCCAGGGGAUGGUCCCAUUGCAGUGAUCGUCUGCCCAACCAGGGAGCUCUGCCAGCAGAUCCACUCGGAGUGCAAGCGCUUUGGCAAAGCCUACAACCUGCGCUCCGUGGCCGUGUACGGAGGAGGGAGCAUGUGGGAGCAAGCCAAGGCCCUGCAGGAGGGGGCAGAGAUCGUGGUCUGCACACCAGGUCGUUUGAUUGAUCAUGUGAAAAAGAAAGCUACAAACCUGCAGAGAGUCACGUACCUUGUGUUUGAUGAAGCUGACAGAAUGUUUGAUAUGGGGUUUGAAUAUCAGGUCAGAUCAAUCGCGAGCCACGUACGUCCUGACAGACAGACCCUCUUGUUCAGUGCCACGUUCCGUAAGAAGAUCGAGAAAUUGGCCCGGGAUAUUCUGAUCGACCCAAUCCGGGUUGUGCAAGGAGACAUUGGAGAGGCAAAUGAAGAUGUCACUCAGAUUGUGGAGAUUUUCCCCUCUGGGCCCAGCAAGUGGAACUGGCUGACACGGCGCCUCGUGGAGUUCACCUCCUCUGGGAGUGUCCUCCUCUUUGUCACCAAGAAGGCCAAUGCAGAGGAACUGGCCAAUAACCUCAAGCAGGAGGAUCAUAACCUGGGGCUGCUUCAUGGGGACAUGGACCAGAGUGAGAGGAAUAAAGUCAUUUCAGAAUUCAAGAAAAAGGGGAUCCCCAUCCUGGUAGCUACAGAUGUGGCAGCUCGAGGGUUGGAUAUCCCUUCCAUCAAGACUGUCAUCAACUACGACGUGGCUCGGGACAUCGACACGCACACGCACCGGAUCGGCCGCACCGGCCGCGCGGGGGAGAAGGGGGUGGCCUACACCCUGCUCACCCCCAAGGACAGCAACUUCGCUGGAGACCUCGUCAGGAACCUGGAGGGUGCCAACCAGCACGUCUCCAAAGAGCUGCUGGAUUUGGCAAUGCAGAAUCCGUGGUUCCGGAAAUCCCGUUUUAAAGGAGGGAAGGGCAAGAAGCUGAACAUUGGUGGUGGUGGCUUGGGAUACCGUGAGCGCCCCGGGCUGGGCUCAGAAAAUACUGACCGUGGAAACAACAACAGUGUGAUGAGCAACUACGAGGCCUACAAGCCAUCCACAGGGGCCAUGGGGGACAGGCUGACAGCAAUGAAAGCAGCUUUCCAGUCCCAGUACAAGAGUCACUUUGUUGCUGCAAGUUUAAAUAACCAAAAGACUGGGAGCUCUGCUGCUGGUGCCAGUGGCUGGACCAGCGCCGGGAGCCUGAACUCGGUCCCGACGAGUUCGGCGCAGCAGAACGUGGCCGGUGCCGAGAGCCCCGCGGCGGCCAAGGGAGCCCCGGGCUUCAGCAGCGGUGGCCAAGGGAGCAGCGGCAGCGGCGCCGCCUUCCCCAGCGCCGCGGCCCAGGGCUGCCCCGGCACCAACACCGGCACCAACACCGGCACCGGCGGCGUGGGCGGCGCCGCCAGAGAGCGGAACAGCCGGCACAGCGAGACCCCGCGGCGUGGGGAGGGCGGGGGGCGCUACAACAGCGAUGGCCAGCGGCACGGCGAAGGCGCUGGCCGGCACGGUGACCCCUCCCGGCACGGGGACGGCCGCCACGGUGACCUCCAUCGCCACGGCGAGGGCCGGCACUUCACCGAGCUGCCGGGCAGCGCCAGCCGCAACAACGGUGACAGCAGGAACAGCGAGGGCAGGAAUGGAGAGAACAGGAAGGAGGCCAACAGCCGAGACAACAAGACAGAUGGCUUUGCUGUCCCAGAGCCCCCAAAACGCAAGAAAAGCCGGUGGGACAGUUAAAAGCCGGGGGUUCACAGCCUGGAAUCUCUGCAGGUAGUGCUGUCUUUUUCCAGAGGAUUUCUUGGGGUUUUUGGUAGCUGGUUGUUGAGCAGCUGGGGCAGGAGAAGGAAACCGUGAGAACCUCCAGGCAAGUUCAUCUGCGGACAGAUUCACCCAAAGGAAAUGUACACAACACUUAGUGAAAGAAAUAAUUUUGAUAAAGCUCCCUGGUUUCUGCUUUGAAACAUUCAGUGCUCAAGUGACUCUGCUGGAUUUAAACAGAUCUUCUUGACAAAAAGAAGCUGUUCCACAUCCUUCAAACGUUAAGGAACUGUUGUCCAUAGAAGUGUAAGUUAGUCUUUUCUUAACCAGCGUUCACAUUUACAAACCAGUCCAGUCCACCUAGAGAUGCUCAGGACCUGCCUGUUAGACAUUAAUCUUGCAGCAGUUCGGUCAGUACGGUGAGUUCUUCCCCCAUCUCCUUUUCACAUAUUCUCCCCAAAUAAUUUGGCCUCUCUUCCCAUCAGUUUAGAAUGUAUCAAUUUGCUUUGCUGAAGGUGGGGCGGAGCAAGUUGGUUUUUGGUUGGUUUUUUUCUUGGUGUGUGUGUGUGGAGCUGUUCAAGGGAUCCUUCUCCAUCCCAGCAAACCACAAAUUCACUUGUAGUGUAGGUUGGACUCCCUGGCUUGUUUUGUGGUCAGUACUUUAAUUCCAAUCCCAUUGCCCAGAUUUUUUCUUUUCUUUCGAAGAACCUCCUGUUUUCUAAUAUCUCUCAUUCUGGUGGAAGCCUGCAUAGCAAACCUGUGUCUCUGCUGUGCCUAUGCACCCUCUGUUCUGAGAGGGUUGAGUACUUUCUUCAAAUUAAAACAAAAAAGGGAAAACAAUGUAGAUACACCACAACAAUCAGAGGCUGGACCCCCCCCAGGAAGUGUGGCUAAAGGAAGAAGAUUCAGAAAUUCAGGGAUCUCUUGCUCAGAAGCCUUUAGGGAGAACUCAGAAAACAAUUAAUGAAAAGAAACAGCUCAAAUCUGGCCCUGUUUUGGACACAUGUAGUAAAUCUGUAAAAUCUUGCUUGCCCGUUUUUAACUCGUUGCGUGUAUUCCCAUUUUUUAACUUUUACUUUUUGCCACAAGAUAGGGAAGAACUUUUCAGUUGGGACAGGUCAGCACCCACCGCUGGCUCGUUUCCACUGGAAGAUGUACCAGAAGCUGUCAGGGUUUUGUGACAUUGUGAUGUUUUCUUUAUCAGCUGUGCAUUUACUUUCUGCUUGCUCUAGUAAAUGUUUUAUUACUGGUACAAAAA